CAGUGGUUCACUUCAGUCUCUCGAAGUCUCUUCUCCUCUCGACUAUCGGUCUCGCCGCCGACGGCCCGACGCCCACCCCACCCUCUCAUUCUCUCCGACCGGCGACCAGAUCUCCGGCCAUCCUCUCCUCUCCUGCUCUCGACAGUCCACUCUCCACCCAAUCUCGCAGCCGAUCGACAACGGCUAACUCUGCCACUCUGGUACGUCUCUCUCUCUCUGAUUUAGAAACAAUCAUGGCUGAUUCAGAAGGUCCAAGUGAGGUGAAGGAGGAUGUGGCAGAUAUUGCCCCAUUUGAUCCUUCUAAAAAGAAGAAAAAGAAGAAGGUUGUAAUUCCGGACCCUGCAGAUGACGACGUGGACAAGUUGGUUGAGAAAACUGAGAAUUUGUCGGUUGCUGACGGUGUCGAGAAUACCUUUUCUGGUCUGAAAAAGAAGAAGAAAAAACCUGUGCAAACUGAGGUAUUGAGUGAUGAGAAUGAAAAUGUGGGGGAUGAUUUGGAUGAUCAUAUUGGAGAGGAUGAAGAAGGAGAAGGAAUUGUCUUGCAACCACAGCUACCGUGGGAAGGGAGUGACCGAGAUUACGAAUACGAGGAGCUUCUAGGUCGUGUGUUCAACAUUCUUCGUGAGAAUAAUCCUGAACUUGCUGGAGAUAGGCGUAGGACGGUCAUGCGGCCGCCACAAGUUCUUCGUGAAGGCACAAAGAAAACUGUGUUCGUGAACUUUAUGGAUCUCUGCAAGACGAUGCAUAGGCAGCCAGAACAUGCCAUGACAUUCUUGCUGGCUGAGAUGGGGACAAGCGGAUCACUUGAUGGACAACAAAGAUUGGUUGUGAAGGGAAGAUUUGCACCCAAAAAUUUUGAGGGUAUCCUGAGGAGAUAUGUCAAUGAGUAUGUCAUUUGCAAUGGUUGCAAGAGUCCAGACACCAUUCUCUCAAAGGAGAACCGUCUCUUCUUCCUGAGAUGCGAGAAGUGUGGGUCUGGGCGAUCAGUUGCUCCAAUCAAGGCCGGUUUUGUGGCGCGUGUGGGCCGCCGGAAGACUGGAACAUGAUCUGGCAGGUUAUAUUUCUUUUGUCAUCCGAAGGUUUUUCAGACUGUUUGAGAUGUCAACAACCAUUGUGUUCAGCAGUGUUCAUCGAAGUUGUUACUUAAUUUUGGUGUUUUUGCUAUGUGAUGAUAUUCCCUUUUGUUACACUCUGCUAAUGCUAUGGUCGUAAUUGUGCA